GGAAACAUGUCCACGACGUUCUUGGAGCACUGAGUUUGCAUUUACUUGUAAUGAUUUUCUAGUUAUCUUCUGAGGCGGAGUUUCAGGUCUCCAAUAUUCUUCAGGUUUAUUACAGUGUUGAAUCUUGCUCCGGAUUGUUGAACAUUUCAGGAGGGUUGGAGUUUCUAUUCCUUCGAUUAAUCAAUAUCCCAUUCUGAAAUUUUUUAAUCCUGCUGGAGCAUGGCUGCCAGUGGGGUUUCGUCUAUUCAAUCAAAGAAAAAGUCCUGGAGUAUCAGCACUGCUUUGGCAUCUGCUGUUUUGGAAUGGUUGCUAAUGUGUAUGCUCUUCACCAAUGCUAUUUUCUCAUAUUUAAUUACAAGAUUUGCAUGUCAUUGGGAAUUGCAAACCCCAUGUUUGCUAUGCUCAAGACUGGAUCAUAUUCUGGGCUCUAGAAAGUUGAGAUAUUAUUGGGAUUUGAUCUGUGGCAAUCAUAAGUUGGAGGUCUCAUCCCUGGUUUUCUGUCAUGCUCACAACAAUCUCGUCGAUGUCCAUGGAAUGUGUGAAAAUUGCCUUUUCUCAUUUGCCACCACCAAUAAGUCCAAUGCUGAAACAUAUAGAUUGUUGGUUGGGAAGUUGGGGGAGGAUUCUAGCUUUGGUUUAGAUGAGGACCCGCUACUUGAUGAGCAUAGUUCAGUUGCGAGACUAUGUUCUUGUUGCAAUGAACCAUGGAUUCCGAGAGGAUAUUUCCGAAACUUGAUGCGGGCUGCAUCUGUUGGUUCUGGGGCUGCUAACCUUGAUGUCCCUUUGCCGGGUACCAUUAAACAUGAUUGCAGUAACAUAAAGAAAAGUAAAAGAUCUACAUCCAUCAGAAGCACCCGCCGGAAAACUAGUGGGUUUGAUCCUUUAUCUCAUGUAGGUUACACUGAACUCAAGUUCGUUUCUGAUACUGAAUCUGAAGUCAUGUAUUUUUCUGAUGAUGGUGGUGCAAAUGCUGCAACUCGCAAAGGUAUUUCAGUUGGAUACGUGCAGCCAGAGCCUCGCACUAUCAUUUUAGUCGAUGAUUCUGCCUCAGAGAAACUGAUUGAUCCGGUCUCUGCACCUGAGCCAUCAAUUUUGACCUCGAAGGUGCUAUCAGAUGUUAUCCAGUCCCACAACGUUACAGCAACGGCAUCUGCAUUUCCUAUUGGGCAUGAUUUGGAAGAGCUUAAAUGGCAACAAGCUGAUUGGAAGGCUAAUUCCUUUGCACUUCCUGAGUUCAUUUCCCAUGAUAAACUUCCUCCACCAUCAAUUUCCAGAGACAGCCCUCGAAAACCGUCAAAAGGAAGAAAGCAUAUUUCUCUAGACGAAGUUCCUCGAUCAUCAUAUGCCAAAGAAACUCCAUUGGAAGCAUCGAAAGAAAGCAAGAUUAUUUCGGUGAACAUUGUUCAUCCAUCAUCAAAAUGGAGAGAGAAUCCUGUCAAAAUUUCAGAUGAGAGAAAGCUUAUUUCUCUUGCUGAUUUCCUUCCGUCAUCAAAUGGAGCAGAAACUCCUGUUCAAGGAUUGAAAGAGAGAUGUAUAGCCAGAGAAGUGGAAGAUUGGCAGGCAUAUGUUAUGGAUUGUGAGGAUCUCAGCAAGGCAGAAAGUCAGCCAGCUAGAAGAACUGACACAGCUUCAGAAAUAAACCCUAUUUCAGAUGAAAAUGGUCAGCAAUUUGUAAACUUAACGGAUCUCAGUGAUGCUUAUAAGCUAGCUGUUGGCAAUAGGGGAAGGCAGUUGUCUGGUGUUCUUGCUGAAAAAAGGAUUGGGAAGGAUUCUUCAAGAUUUAGCGAAGAGUUGAAGCUUUUACUUUCACAGCUCUCCACUUCUAGAGACCAGUCAAUGAAUGCUAUGAGUCCUAGAGUCCCUCUUAGUCCUAAAUUAUCAUCAAACAGUGAUGAAUUGAGGACUUCUGAUGCUUCUAGUGUCUUAGGAAUGCAUAUUCUUCAAAAGCGAAUCACACUUGAAAGAAAUGAAUCUUGCCUAUCUUUGGAUGGAAGUAUUGUCAGUGAAAUUGAAGGUGAAAGUGCCGUUGAUCGGUUAAAACGGCAGGUUGAGCAUGAUAAAAAACUGCUGAGUGCAUUGUACAAGGAAUUGGAGGAAGAAAGGAAUGCAUCCACAAUUGCUGCAAAUCAAGCUAUGGCCAUGAUUACUAGACUACAGGAGGAGAAGGCAACACUCCACAUGGAAGCUCUGCAAUACCUAAGAAUGAUGGAGGAGCAAUCUGAGUAUGAUAAGGAGGCCCUGCAAAAAAAGAAUGACCUUCUCACAGAGAAGGAGAAAGAGGUCCAAGAUCUAGAAGAGGAGCUUGAGUUUUAUAGGAGUAAGUUCCCCGAUGAAUCAAUCUUUCAGACACCGAUUUCUGAUAGAAAGGAAACAGGUUCAAGUGUGGAUCAUUCAGAAGCUGGCUGGAUAGAAGAUAGCACAACCACCGAUAGAAACUCGGUUACAGAAAAACCUAAUGUCUGUCAUAAAGUUGAAGCAACGAAUAUGUCACUUGGGGGUAAGAAUAUCGUUACUGUGAAUAGUUCUUUGUUAGAGUUUGAAGAUGAAAGGUCAUAUAUUACACAAAGUUUGAAGAGGUUGAAAAGGAAGCUUUAUCUGUUAUCUAACAAUGGGCUAAGCUUAGACUUGAUCAACGGUGAACAUUCUGAAGGAGAAAAAGGAAAUGACUUGAGGGAGCUGAAUAACAAAGUGGGUGUCGAACAGAACAUUGGGGCAGAAAAUAAUGAAUUAUCAGUGACUGAUAGAAGAAGCGAGCCUGUUCAAGGACAUGUUUCUGCACUUGAGAAAUUUUUCAAUGGUAACGAGAACAAUGAGGUUUUUUAUAGCGGGGAAAGCUCUCCUAUGCCCCCUCGAGAAAUUGAUCUAGACUCUCUCGUGAAUGAAGUUUCUGAUAUAAGUGAGAGGUUGGAAGCUCUUGAGGCAGACCGGAAUUUACUGGAGCACAUCGUUAACUCAAUCAGAUAUGAUGAGGAAGGGCUUCAUUUUAUUAAGGAGAUAGCUUCUCACCUGAAAGAAAUACGAAAGAUCGGGUUACCGAAAAGGGAGCCGGAGCAAAUCACUGCUUAAGGCUGUUGUAUAAAAACCAUGACAAAUGUGCUUCGUUAUGCAAAAAGACAUUGAUGCGCAGGAAAGUAUAGAAAAUUUGCCAAACCUGGCAAUGAAGAUUGCAAUCAAGUGUACAGUAUCACAAGCUUGUUCGUUUUCUCUUUGGACAGAAACCAUAGGAUUGAAUAUCAAAUGGUGUCAUCCCUCACUAUUCCUUGGCUUGCAGUCAUCACAAAUUCAGUGAUAUUAAUACCAUUUUCCUUGCCCCCUUCAGACCUGCGUUUGGAGGGGGUUUUCUUCUUUA